AUGUUCAUUUUGAUGGGAAUCUUCCUCCUUAACAUUUCACUUCUCAUGGCCAAUUUCAUUGAUCCCAGGUGCUUUUGGAGAAUUAAUUUGAAUGAAAUAAAGGAUGAAUAUUUGGGAUUAACUUGUGCUUUCAUCUUGGCAGCCAUUCAGAAACCUAUUGAAAAAGAUUACUUCAACAAGACUCUGAAUGUCCUAAAAACAACUAAAAACCACAAAUAUGCUUUGGCAUUGGCCUUUGCAAUGGAUGAAAUCAACAGGAAUCCUGAUCUUUUACCAAAUAUGUCUUUGAUUAUAAAAUACACUUUGGGCCAUUGUGAUGGAAAAACUGUAACACCUACACCAUAUUUAUUUCAUAAAAAACAAAGCCCUAUCCCUAAUUAUUUCUGUAAUGAAGAGAGUAUGUGUUCAUUUCUGCUUACAGGACCCAACUGGGAGGUAUCUUUAGGUUUCUGGAAUUACCUGGACAGCUUCUUAUCUCCACGUAUCCUUCAGCUAACCUAUGGACCUUUCCAUUCCAUCUUCAGUGAUGAUGAACAAUAUCCCUAUCUCUAUCAGAUGGCCCCAAAGGACACAACUCUAGCAUUUGCAAUGGUCUCCUUCAUACUUUAUUUCAACUGGAACUGGAUUGGCCUUGUCAUCCCAGAUGAUGAUCAAGGAAAUCAAUUUCUUUUAGAGUUGAAAAAACAGAGUGAAAACAAGGAAAUUUGCAUUGCCUUUGUGAAAGUGAUCUCUGUUGAUGAUGUUUCUUUCAAAGAAAAAAUUGAAAUGUACUACAAACAAAUUGUGAUGUCAUCCUCAAAUGUUAUUAUCAUAUAUGGGGAAACAGACGAUUUCAUUGAUUUGAUCUUCAGAAUGUGGGAACCUCCAGUUUUACAGAGAAUAUGGGUCACCACAAAACAAUGGAAUUUCCCUACCAGUAAGAGAGAUAUAACUCAUGGCACAUUCUAUGGAACACUUACUUUUCUACCCCACCAUGGUGAGAUUUCUGGCUUUAAAAAUUUUGUACAAACAUGGUUCCAUCUCAAAAGCAAAGAUUUAUAUCUAGUAAUGCCAGAGUGGAAAUAUUUUAAAUAUGAAGCCUCAGUAUCUAACUGUAAAAUACUGAAGAACAAUUCAUACUAUGCCUCAUUGGAUUGGCUAAUGGCACAGAAGUUUGACAUGACCUUUAGUGAGAGUAGUCAUAACAUAUAUAAUGCUGUGCAUGCCAUAGCCCAUGCACUCCACGAGAUGAAUCUGCAACAGGUUGAUAAUCAGUUAAUAGUCAAUGGGAAAGGAGCAAGUUCUCACUGCUUGAAGGUAAACUCCUUUCUAAGAAAGACCCACUUUACUAAUCCUCUUGGGGACAAAGUGAUUAUGAAGCAAAGAGUAAGAAUGCAGGAAGAUUAUGACAUUUUUCAUUUUGGAAAGCUCUCACAACACCUUUGGAUUAAGGUGAAGUUAGGAAACAUCACCCCAUAUUUUUCACAUGGUCAACACUUUCACUUAUACGUAGACAUGUUUAAGGUGGCCACAGAAAGCAGAAAGAUGCCAUCUUCUGUGUGCAGUACAGAUUGUAGUCCUGGAUUCAGAAGAUUAUGGAAGGAGGGAAUGGCAGCCUGCUGUUUUGUUUGCAGCCCCUGCCCUGAAAAUGAAAUUUCUAAUGAGACAAAUAUGGAUCAAUGUGUGAAUUGUCCAGAAUACCAAUAUGCCAACACAGAACAGAACAAAUGUGUUCAGAAACUUGUCACCUUUCUAAGCUAUGAAGACCCCUUGGGGAUGGCACUUGCCUUAAUGGCCUUCUGUUUCUCUGCAUUCACAGCUGUGGUACUUUGUGUCUUUGUGAAAUAUCAUGACACUCCUAUUGUGAAGGCCAAUAACAGAAUCCUCAGCUACCUAUUAUUGAUAUCACUCAUGUCCUGUUUUCUGUGUUCCUUUUUCUUCAUUGGUCAUCCUAACAGAAUGACCUGUGUCUUACAACAAAUCACAUUUGGAAUUGUAUUCACUGUGGCUGUUUCCACAGUUCUAGCCAAAACAAUCACUGUGGUUCUGGCUUUCAAAGUCACAGAAUCAGGAAGAAGGUUGAGAAACUUCCUGGUAUCAGGGACACCCAACUACAUUAUUCCCAUGUGUUCCCUAAUCCAGUGUAUUCUGUGUGCAAUCUGGCUAGCAGUUUCUCCUCCCUUUGUUGAUACUGAUGAACACUCUCAGCAUGGCCACAUCAUCAUUGUGUGCAACAAAGGCUCAGUUACUGCAUUGUACUGCAUCCCGGGAUACUUGGCCUGCCUGGCACUUGGAAGCUUCACUGUGGCUUUCUUGGCCAAGAAUCUGCCUGACACUUUCAACGAAGCUAAGUUCUUGACCUUCAGCAUGCUAGUGUUCUGCAGUGUCUGUGUCACCUUCCUCCCUGUCUACCAUAGCACCAAGGGCAAAGUCAUGGUUGCUGUGGAGAUCUUCUCCAUCUUGGCAUCCAGUGCAGGGAUGCUUGGAUGCAACUUUGCACCCAAGAUUUAUAUCAUCUUAAUGAGACCAGAGAGAAAUUCUAUCCAAAAGAUCAGGGAAAAAUCAUAUUUCUGA